AUGUUCAGUGACUUCUGUUCAGUGCACAAAGUAAAUGACCACUUAUUGGAAUCAUUUAAUAUCAUACAUUUGGUUCAUCAAGGAUGCUCACUUUUGCCCCUUCUGUAUGUGCUGGCUCUCAAGCCAUUGCUAUGGAAGCUAGAUGUUUUGAUGGGUGUCCUGCAUGAACUAGGAUGGGGGAUAUUUGUGUCAGCUUAUGCAGAUGAUAUCACCAUAAUAGUGUCAGACAUCUUGGAAAUCAAAGUGAUUGGCACUACCCUAAGGGAGUACAAAGCUGUGACCAGAGCAAAGAUUAACUACAAGUUGAUGAGCCUGCAGCUUGGCACCUGGAGAGCUAAAGAACUUACACUUCUGCUUUCUUUUUCCAGUCCUUGGAUGCACUAUAAUGAACCUGAAGAUGAAGCAAAUCGCUGUUGGAAAAGAGCAGAGACCGUUCCAGAUAUUGACGAGACUAAAUCUACCCCUGACAUUGAUCUGUCUCCAAUGUUUGAAAGAAUCUCCAUAGUCAACAAAUGUGGAGUUCAAGGAAAACAUUUCAGUGGUAUCCCACUGAAAGACCUCGAAGAAGCUUCCAAGAGCUUAGUCAAGGCGCUUACCAUUCGAGAGAAGUACAUGAUGCUCUCUCAGCAGAGUUUCCCCCAAAUCAUCAACAGAUGUCUGCAGAGUGUGAUUGACAAGAAUGAUUUCCACAUGAUUUCUGAUGGUUGUGCUGCUUGUGAAAAGAAAACAAUCAAAGACAAUAUCACUGUUAUGCUUUAUUUGAAACUUGGAAUGAAAUCAUUCUCUUACCAGCGCCUGAGUUAUCUAUCAUACAAGUACCAGUUACAUGUUUUGUUGAAUGAGAUAAAGGAAUCAGCUGCCCAGAAAGAAGUACCCCACCGUGAUUUCUACAACAUCAGAAAGGUGGAUACACACAUCCAUGCAUCCUCAUGCAUGAAUCAGAAACAUCUACUGAGGUUCAUCAAAAAGCAAAUGAAAGUUAAUCCCGAUGAAAUUGUCUCCUGCAACAGGGAUGGCAAAAUGAUGAAGCUGAAAGAGGUGUUUGAUAGUCUUCGAAUCAAUACAUACGAGCUCAAUGUGGACAUGCUUGAUGUUCAUGCAGAUCGAAACACUUUCCAUCGAUUUGACAAAUUCAAUGCCAAAUAUAACCCGAUUGGCCAAAGUGAAUUACGUGAAAUUUUUAUCAAAACUGACAAUCACAUCGGGGGCAAAUACUUUGCAAAUGUAAUAAAGGAAGUGAUGAGUGAUUUGGAGGAGAGCAAAUAUCAAAAUGCCGAAUGCCGUUUGUCUAUAUAUGGCCGUUCUAAACAAGAAUGGGAGAAACUAGCCAAAUGGGCUGUGGUCAACCAAGUCCAUUCAGAUAAUGUUCGUUGGUUAAUCCAAAUUCCAAGAUUAUAUGAUGUGUACCGUUCCAACAAGUUAGUGAGCAACUUCCAACAGAUCUUAGAGAAUAUCUUUGAGCCAUUGUUUGCUGCUACAAAUGAUCCUAAGAGUUAUCCUCAGUUACAUGCUUUCCUUCAGUAUGUUUCAGGUUUUGAUUCUGUGGAUGAUGAAUCGAAAUCUGAGCAUGUGGUGUUUGAUGCUGACAGUCCUUUUCCACACAACUGGACCGGUGAUGAGAACCCACCAUAUAAUUACUACUUGUACUAUAUGUUUGCUAACAUGACCGUCCUCAAUCAAUUCCGCAGAGAACGUGGUUUCAAUACAUUUGUUCUUCGGCCACAUUGUGGAGAAGCCGGCAAUGUGACUCACUUGGUGGCUGGUUAUAUGCUCAGUGAAAGUAUUGCUCAUGGACUGGUCCUCAGAAAGGUUCCAGUUCUUCAGUACCUCUACUACCUGGCUCAGAUUGGUAUUGCCAUGUCACCACUCAGCAACAAUUCACUUUUCUUGAAUUACCACAGAAAUCCUUUGCCGGAAUAUUUUGCCCGAGGACUUAAUGUUUCCAUUUCAACAGAUGACCCACUUCAGUUCCACUUCACAAAGGAACCUCUGAUGGAAGAGUACAGUAUUGCCGCCCAGGUGUGGAAGUUAAGCACUUGUGAUAUGUGUGAGAUUGCCCGCAACAGUGUUCUACAGAGUGGAUUCCCUCAUGAGGUCAAACAGCAUUGGUUAGGCCCUAAUUACACACGUGAAGGAGUUCCAGGGAAUGAUGUGACUCGCACCAAUGUUCCAGACAUUCGAGUGGCAUACCGCUAUGAGACGCUGGUGGAAGAGUUGCAGUAUAUCUGCCGUGGACUGCAAGCUGGUAGCCCGGAGAGCAACACAAGUGACAUUAGAAAAAUACAUAAACAAGCCCUUCCUCAUUUCCAUACAAAUGAUUUUACUUGCUAUUAACAUAUCCAGUAUUAAGUAGAGAUUAUGUAAUGUUUAUGUAAACACACAAACACACACACACACACACACACACACACA